CUGAGUUAGUAGGCUAGCCAGGGGUUGUCGUUGUAUGUUAAAUUAUAUGUAGAGAUAAGGGAGUGACUUUCAGGCUUUCAUCAGUGCACACUGUCUAGGCACGGACUUUCUGACGACUAGCCUGGGGCUGAAUAGUUUGCAGUGUCAUGACAGGAGCAAACGCGAGAAUAACCUGAGUGGAUUAUCAUUUGAACGCAACGGCAGCGCUGUUUUCGUCAUAGACCAAAAUCAGACGGAAUAUUUCUAUUGACAGUUUGAGAGAUGAGAUGAGGCUCACCCAUGUCAAAUUUGGAUGUCUUCUGGCUUCUGUUUUUCUCUCUCUAACCUGGUUCACCGCUUAUAAUGGAAAUGACAAGGGUGAACCCCCCUACGACCCUAAGAUGAUCCAGCUGUAUGAACGUCUGRUGGCUGCAGAGUCUAGGGGGGAGCUGGUGUACAGGGAGCUCAGCAGUCUGCUGACCAGCCUGAGGAACCUCACCAUACCGAGCAACAACUCCUCCACUAAUAUCACAGAAGGACUGAUAAAGAGAAGYCUCGGUCUGCUUUCCCCCAGAAUGCCCAAUGCUUACCUCUACCUGCCCCACCUACGGGACCACGCAGACAGCCUGAAUCCUAACGUCGUCCUGGGACAGGGCCGGACUGGAGUGUCCCUGGUAUUGGGGAUCCCUACGGUGAAGCGUCAGAAGCAGAGCUACUUGGUUAGCACCCUGAACUCCCUCCUCUACGACCUUUCACCUUCUGAACGAGAAGACACCGUCAUCAUCGUCUUUGUUGCCGAGAUGGAUGCAGAAUACGUCAACACCGUAMCAGAACUCAUUAAGCAUAAUUUUCCUAAGGAUGUGCACUCAGGCCUGUUGGAGGUAGUGUCCCCUUCUCAGUACUUCUACCCCAACUUCCYCAGACUCAGGGAAACCUUUGGAGACUCCAAGGAUAGAGUCAAAUGGCGCACCAAGCAGAACUUGGACUACAGCUUUCUGAUGCUCUACGCACAUGAGAAGGGAACCUAUUAUGUACAGUUGGAAGAUGACAUUGUGGCUAAGCCUGGUUACUCUCAGGCCAUGAAAACAUACGUCAGAUCACUGGCCUCGGAUGACUGGAUGUUCCUGGAGUUCUCUCAGCUCGGCUUCAUCGGCAAGAUGUUCCGAGCCCGUGAUCUACCAAUGAUAGCAGAGUUCUUUCUGAUGUUCCACAAAGACAAACCCAUUGAUUGGCUGUUGGACCACAUUCUGUGGGUGAAGGCUUGCAACCCAGAAAAAGAUGUGAAAGACUGCAACCUGCAGAAGGGCCUGCUCAAGCUGAGAUAUAAACCCUCUCUGUUUCAACAUGUAGGCCUUCACUCCUCUCUGCCUGGGAAAGUACAGAAACUGAAAGAUAAGGACUUUGGGAAGGUGCCACUGUUUGCUGCCCACAGUAACCCUCCUGCAGAGCUGAGCAGUAGUCUGAAGCACUACCAGCAGCACACCCUGGAGAGGGCCUAUGAGGGCCAGGACUUCUUCUGGGGCCUGACGCCUACCGCUGAAGACUUCAUCCUGCUCAGCUUCCCGCAGCCACGCACUGUCACCGGGUACCUGUUUCGCAGCGGAAACAUUGAGAUCAAUGGAGACAAGUUUUAUAACACCACCGUGGAGGUGCUCCCUAGUGACAGCUCGGUGAGAGACAGACUGGUGGGUGGCCAGUCACCUCAAUACGAAGGAUCUUACGGAGGCUUCAUAGUGAUUGGUUCCUUUGUGGAUGGGAUGGCMGAGGGACAGAUAGACGCACAGAUGCAGCCCAUCUCUGCUUUACGUCUACUGGUACACAGCAACUCUGACGUGUGGGUUCUGCUCAGUGAGAUAUUUAUUAAACUUUGAUGACGGGAAGAAACAGGAGAAACCUGAGGGGUCUGCCUCCCUGCCUGUUACACUCCACACCUGGACCAACAGCGACCUCUAUUGGACAUGGAUAGUCAAUGCAGUUUCUCUAACCGUCUCACCUGCUACUAGAAUGGAAGUACACACACACACUGUGGAUGUUCUCUUCGCCCUUCGGAUACUUUUUCAACCUAUGACUAUAAUGUGAAUCUGGAAGAGACAGUUUCAGUUUGUGUGUUCCUAAAUGAGUUUGUCAAUCAAUUUGAGCAUUUCCACGUUUGUGGAAGACUUUAUACUGGACACCAGCUUUCAGCUGCGGCUUUAGUCUCCGUUCUCUAGAGGGAAAACAUGAUUUAACYUGUACAGGGCUAUGUUAGAGUAUAACAACGACAAUUCAGCGAGAGAUGAUUUGAUUGAUACACUCCGCCAGUAAUGAAUGCAAUGUGUUUGUUUGUGUGUGUGUGUGUGCGUGCGUGCGCGUGCGGUGUGUGAGAAAAAGAUAUGGACUGAUGCAAUGAUUGUAUGGCUGUAUUAUUGAGUGUUAGUUACAUUGUUUGCYCAAGUGUGUGUGAGUUCAUGUCUCUGGCCAAAAUGCUGUCGAUCAAGUUCAUUCCACAAGUUAGUAUUUUGCCAUAGGUGCAUUUCCCUGGUACUGAACUGCAAGUCUGCUAGUUUCAAUGGGGAUCAAUCACUCCACAUGUAGGUACUAUGUGCUGUAUAUAAAGAAAGAACAUGAA